UGGCUGGAUGCAGGGAUUUUCUGUCUGAAUUACAUGGAAGCAGGCAGAAAACGUGAACGUUGCAGGGAAAAUAAUCAUGGAUUUAGCAUUUAAUGAUAAUUGAAGACAACGGUGAUUACCCGUUAAAAUUAUUUUGCAUUUCAAGUGUGCUUUCUGUGCAAACAACGGCUUGUUUUCUCCCUCGGGCGACUGGACGUGGCCCCAAAUAUCAGUGCUACAGUGGUGAGGAAGCUAGCUGUCAAGUUGUAGCCAACUAGCCACAUCAGCACCGCUGAGAUUAGCCAGCCACGUUAGCAACAAUAGAUUUGAUUAUGGCAGACAGUAUCAUGAGCAAGGCUGCUACCAUGGAGAUCCCCAUUAACAGCAAUGGAGACACAGGGACUUUGCCAGAGGAUGACAGCCUGGAGCAGGAUUUGCAGCAGGUGAUGGUAUCUGGACCCAACCUAAAUGAAACCAGCAUUGUGUCAGGAGGUUAUGGAGGACCUGCAGGGGGCAUCAUUCCUACCAGCUCCAUCAAAGGGCCUGCAGUUCGUUUCAACCCUGAGUAUCUGGACAGAAGAAGAACCCCUGCAGCAGGACCAGACAUUCGUAUGAAAUCCAGGGGUGUUGGCUUGCCAAAAAGUCAAUCUGCAUCCAGUCGACUUGCUCAACACACAGACCAGCAUCCAGGGUCGUCGAACAAUAAUGCUGGCAAUUCAACUGAAGAAGUUUCUCGUGGUGUGGCAGUGGAGAAAUUGGACAGCGUAAAGAAAUGGGGCAUUAACACAUACAAGUGUACAAAGCAGAUGUUCUCAGAGAGGUUUGGCCGAGGUUCGAGAACAGUAGACCUGGAACUAGAAGCUCAGAUUGACGUGUUGAGGGAGACCAAGAACAAGUACGAAAACAUCCUAAGACUGGCCACUGCACUCACCACUCAUUUUCAAAACAUGGUGCAGACACAACAGGCUCUAGGAGAUACCUUCACUGACCUCAGCCAGAAGUCCCCGGAGUUGCAGGACGAGUUUGGGUAUAAUGCAGAAACACAAAAGCUGUUGUGUAGGAAUGGCGAGGCUCUGCUCGGUGCCAUCAACUUCUUUGUGUCCAGUGUCAACACUUUGGUCAAUAAAACGAUGGAGGAUACUCUGAUGACCAUUAAGCAGUAUGAAAAUGCAAGACUCGAGUUUGAUGCUUAUCGUUCUGAUCUGGAGGAGCUGAGUUUGGGCCCUAGGGAUGCAGCUGCCAUGGUCCGCAUUGAGAUGGCUCAGCAUGACUACCAGGUUCACAGAGACAAAUAUGAAAGGCUGCGUAGUGAUGUCACCAUCAAGCUUAAAUUCCUGGAAGAAAAUAAGGUGAAGGUUAUGCACAAGCAGCUGCUUCUCUUCCAUAAUGCUAUCUCAGCUUACUUUGCUGGCAACCAGGAGCAGUUGGAACAAACUCUAAUACAGUUCAAUGUUAAGUUAAAGCCUCCAGGAUCCGACAAGCCAUCCUGGCUGGAGGAGCAGUAAAGAGCGCUCAGGGCUCAGCUGUUUGAAAUGUUCUGUGACACACUGGUCAGUGAAGAACAUGACAUUGUGGUUAGAUGGACAAAAAUGAAAUGCAUAAAGGAGUAUAUUGUAGGACCGACUGUGGCCAGUGAUAAAGAAAAACAUGAGAUAUCUCUUUUGUAAUGUUUUUCAGUAUCACGUGUUAUGUAGAUGGUACAGCAUUUUCAGUUGUAAUUAGAAUUAUUUGGUUAAGUCACAAAAUUACCUUUUGUUACUUUCUUAUUCUUUAGGUAGCACAAUCAUAAACAUGAAUAUCACUUUUUAUUUAUGUACAGUAUAGUCUACUAUUGUGGAGAUACCCCUUGGCAGUUUUGCACAUGCAAUAUUUUGUUUUUUAAUGUGUCUAAAGCGUUAUCUUAUAUUUCAGAGUAUAUCACAUUGGAGGAAUUCCACAUAUCAGAUUAGAAAGUUAGCGGGAUAAUGUAAAAAAUGUCUUGAAAAUCUCCUCUGAAAUUGCACAGGUGUUUGCGUUUCUUGAGUAUGCAUGACUGAACCAUAUUCUACAAAUUUAGUUUUACAGAUUUAAAUCAGAGACAUCAGGAUAAAAAAUCAUUUUAAAGUUAUCCCACUGUGCUUCUAAUACUGCCUUGUGGUAUACCUGCCUGAAAGGUCAGUUUACACUUUCCAUGCAUAGAAGGGAAAAUAUAUAUAUUGAAUAUAGUGAUUUUCUCUAAACUAAUCUACAACUAUAUCUAUAAUUAGCUGAUCUUCUAAAUUUUGGGUACCUUAAGAUAUUUCCUUAUGCAGCACAGUUAGUAUCUGUCUUGUUUACACCAGAGUUUACAAAUGGAAACGAGCCUCAAAAACAUAUUAAGCUUUCAGCAUCAAUCACAUAUUGGAUAAUUUAAUUGAUAAAUACAAACAUCUGAGCUAUCAUAAAGAAAUAAAAUGCAACAUAUAGCUAGUGUUGGAUUACUAUGUUCUUACAGGAGGUGCGAGUGUGCAGCAUUUGAGACUCAUUCUUGAAAUCUCAAAUCCGGACAGUGAAUGGAAAUACUCGACACAUGUGACACCAAAUGCACUUUAGGAUUUUAAAACAAAACUCAGUUUGUCUUCAAUGAGAGAAUGUAUGAGUACAUUUUUCUUAUUCUGUGUUAUUUAUUUACCAAUAACUUUGUGACACAACACGGUGUGUUAUGUGCAUUUCUUUUCAAUUCUAGUCAGCUGAUUGUCUUGUUCUGCAUUUCCAAUAAAAUCUGCUGGAUGUUUUUGUUUCA